AUGCACACAGCAAGGGGUCGUGGAAAAGCUGCAACGCUGAGAAGGCAGUCAUCGAUGCAAGCCUUCGACGUGGAUGGUGCUUCGGGUAUUGUGAGCAAAACUUACGAUGGCUGUUGCUUUUGUCCCCUUCCAGUGGUUCCGUUGAAGUCAAAGACAAGUAGCAACCCUGAUAGAUGGUUUCUACGCUGCCCUAUGUGGAAGAACACACAAAUGCGUUACGGGUAUUUCCAAUGGUUGGAUGAAAUACAAGCGGAAUGUGUGGAAGGAGAAGUUUCUUCAGAGAACAGUAAUAUGCUGGGCAAAUCAGAACCCAAAAAGAAAGGCAGAAUCAAUGUCGACUGUGGGGAUGGCCAGGAAAUUCAAAAGAUGAUGAUGGUACUUUCUGUGGUGAAUGACAUGAAGGAGAAUCUGAAGAGGGUUGAGUUGUGCCUAAUUUUUAUGUGUAUUUUGAUUGGGUUAAAUGUGGCUUUGAUUAUGUUUAGUUUGGCUAAGUAGAUAGACAUUGCACAGUAUAAUAGUAUAACAGUGAGACUUUGGAAUUUUGUAAUCUUGUCCUCAUUGUAAUUGAGAUGAAUUAAUGUAUGAUGUGUUCUUCUUGUGCUUUGAUUGAGUUAUUGUUGUUGUGAUUUGAGCAAC